AUGUCUUACAACAACAGAGGCAGUGACAGCUACGGCCGUUGCAAUGAGGAUAGCUAUGGCUCCUCUGAACAGAAUGAAACGUACGGCUCCAACACACGUGAUAAUGACUCCUACGGAUCCUCUGGUCGCUCUAGCGGUAGCGAUAACUAUGGAUCUGGCAGGGGCAACAAUUCAUAUGGGUCGAGCAGGCGUGAUGAUGACGACUCUUAUGGCUCCACUAGCCGCCCAGGAGGCCAUGAUUCAUACGGAGCUUCUGGACGAAGUGACACAUACGGUUCAAGCAAGCAUGAUAACGACUCCUAUGGCUCUUCCAAUCGCACUGGGGCGAGCGACACCCAUGGAUUUAGCGAACGCGACAACGAUUCCCACGGGUCUUCCGGCCGCGCAGGGGCCGGCGAUUCCUACGGCUCCUCUGGUCGUGCCGGUGUCAGUGACUCCCAUGGGUCCAGCAAUCGCGACAACGUGUCCUCCUAUGGCUCCACAAAUCCCUCCACUGCAAAUGAUUCCUACAACUCCUCCAAUGAGAAAAAGAGCUCUCACGGCUCCUCUGGCUAUGAUGGAAGCAAUCGUAACGAUACCUACGGAAGCAACAAGUAUUCCUCUGGCUCCGACGAUCGCAACAAGAUGACCUCCUCGUAUGGGUCCAGCGCCAACCGACGCGAUGAUGAUGACUCUUAUGAUUCAUCUGAUCGCAACAAGCACUCUUUCAGCUCAGGCAGACGUGAUGAAGGUGAAACUUAUGGCUCGAAGACUUCUGGCGGAUACGGGGUCUCUAGCGAUAAAAAUGACACUGUCACAGAUAAGGUGAUGGAUAAAGUUGGUAACAUGAUCGGUGAGAAGAUUCAGGAGAGUCUGGGUGGUGGGAGGCGACAGUGA